ACUGUUUAUAGGCGAGCGCGAGCGUUUCAUGCGCGUCGUCUCGAAUGGUUUAUAAACUGCCCGAUAAAUUAAUAGAUUGAAUGAAAGUUUGUGUUAAUAUAUAUUAUAUUGUGUUUCCCUUUUUUCCGCAUCGCAUGCUAAUCAUUGUGAUUGAUAGAGUUUAUUUUAUAACUAAGUUCCAUAAUAUAGUGUCCGUCCAAUAUUUUGUACAAGAUGGAAGAAGGGGAUACAAAGUCGGGCAAAAGUUCACCUAAAUCCGACGAUAAAUAUGGCAGUUGCUAUUGCGGGAAAGACAGAAAUUUCAACAUAGUUGAGUUACUGUGUGUAACAUGCAACCGCUGGUUCCACGAAUCGUGCAUCGGCUUCCAGCUGGGCCGGCUAGUUCCAUUUCUGAUGAACUAUGUAUUCGUUUGCAAAAAUUGCUCCGUAACGGGGUUGGAAAGUUUCCGCAAGACGCAGGCCACGAUACCGCAAAUGUGCAUGACGGCGAUUGCCAACCUGCAGCAGAUUGCCACGAAGGAAGGUAAACCGCGGGCCAUGUUCAGUAAGGAUAAGGACAUUAUUCCCUACAUGGACCACUACUGGGAAUCGAUGACAACGAUGAGCCGACGUUCUACGCAGUCGUGGUACGCAACGGUGCAGCGGACACUGAUCAAGGACAUCAACUCGCUGUUCACGUACGAGGAAACCAACGAGAAUGGGCAGAUGUACGGCUUGGUCGUGUCGGAUUUAGGCAGUAUUAGACCGAACUAUGACGAGGCGACCGCGCAAGGUACUCAAAAUCUGGCCAAAGCUGGUCGGCAGCCGAAACGCAAAUUCCCUAACAGCGACCAGGGUGGAGCGUUGAGCAAAAAAAGCCGCAUCGGUACGGAGCUUGGCGCACUGGUUAAGCUGCCCGCACACGGUUACCCAUUGGAGCAUCCGUUCAACAAAGACGGCUACCGGUAUAUUCUGGCCGAACCGGAUCCCCAUGCCCCGUUCCGGCAGGAGUUUGACGAAAGUGCCGACUGGGCCGGUAAGCCGAUUCCCGGCUGGUUGUACAGGGUGCUAUCACCGAACGCGGUACUUGUUGCGUUGCACGAUCGGGCACCGCAGUUGAAGGUGUCCGAGGAUCGGUUGGCUGUUUCCGGCGAGAAGGGUUAUUGUAUGGCAAGGGCAACACAUUAUGUAACCCGCGGAUGUUGGUAUUGGGAAGCGACGGUCGAAGAGAUGCCAGAAGGGUCCGCCUGUCGAUUGGGUUGGGGUCAAGAGUACGCCAAUUUGCAAGCUCCGUUGGGUUACGACAAAUUUGGCUAUUCGUGGAGAUCUCGAAAGGGGACUCGCUUCCACGAGUCUCACGGUAAGCAUUAUAGCGAUGGGUACGGCGUGGGAGAUACGUUAGGCUUCUUGAUUGCCUUGCCGGAGACUAACCCCUCGGGUCAUACGCCGAGUACGUUCAAGGAUAGACCGUUGGUUAAGUUCAAAAGCCACUUGUACUAUGAGGAGAAGGAUAAGGUCACGGAGACGCUGAAGACUCUGAAGGUGCUGCCGGGCAGCAAGAUUUUCUUUUUCAAAAACGGUAUCUGUCAGGGGGAGGCAUUCACCGAUAUUUACGGUGGAGCCUACUAUCCGGCUUUUUCGAUUCACAAGAACGCCACGGUCAGUCUUAAUUUUGGACCAAACUUUAAGCAUCCGGAGGUCGAGGAACAAUUCAACGCCAAAGCGAUGCAUGAUCGUGCCGAAGAGAUCAUCUGCGAACAGACAAUGGCGGAUAUGAUGUAUUUCACUGAAAACGACGGUAAGCUUCGACUGGACAACUACAACAUCUAGAUGAUACGACUAACUACAACAGGUUUGUAAAUAAAACUUUCCAUCCGACUGUCGCAACAA